GACAAAAAAGAUGAAAACAGCAUGAGAUCGCCAAUGAGAUCGCCUAGCAAUAUGGAUGAUGCAAUAAAACUUGAAUGGAGAGAAAUUGUGCAAAGUGCAGUACAAGCUUUCUUAGAAAUAGAAGACUGUGAUAUAUAUACACCUUCUCCAAUCAAGAAGACACAAGAACCUGUGGUACCAUCAAUUCCAUCAUUCUCCCUAAUGAUACAUGAGGAAAACAAAAUAGAGGAAGAAAAAAAGGUGAUAGAUGAGAAAAAUAAAAUAGGGGAAGAAGAAAAGGUGAUAGAGGAUAAUAAGUUAACAGAAGUAGAUAAGGAUAAGAUAUACUUUUGGGCAACAGACGAUAGGUUGAACAAGGAUGAGACUUUGUGCAUCUUAAAAGAUAUACCUAGAGCAAUGCUUGUUAGGGAGGAUAUCAUGUCAAUGUUGCCAAGACAUCAGAUAAACAAUAUGGGAGAGAUGUUCUCACAUUGGGGACACUUGAUCAAAAGAAAGAAAAAAAGUUAUGUACUUCUUCCCGAUGAUUUUGGAAAGAAUGGUGACAGCUUUUUUGAGCAAAAGGAAAUUCCAAAACAUAGAUGGUUAUUGGUGCCGUGUUGCUAUGACUAUCACUGGUGGCUAUAUGCUUAUGACAUCUAUGAAAAGAGACUUUUUGUCUUGGAUUCCUUGUAUAAAGAGGCUAAAGGAGAUAGGGUGCAGUUAGACAUAUAUGCGAGCAAAUUGAUUCAACAAAUGGUCUCGAUAGCUGUGCCAAACUAUGAGCUACCAAAGAAUGACCUGAUCCCAAUUUAUUUGAAUAUUCCUAGACAAUCAAAUAACUAUGAUUGCGGAUUGUUUGUAAUAAAAUGGGUAGAAAUGUGGAAUCCUAGUAGUAUCGAGAUUAAUGUGUCCAACAUGCCAGAAUGGGACGAAUUUGAGUGCGUUAAUCUAAGGAAGCAAUUGGUCAUCCAAAUGCUUACAUCACUUUCAAAUGCACUUCUUAAGGAUAUUAUAAACAAAUCAGAGAAAUAUAGAGUGGUAAAGCCAACUCCAGCUCAAUCAAAUCCUUACAUAGUAUGUAAUACUGAUGAAUUGAUGAUUGAAUGCCUUGGUUCGGUUGGGAAGGGGUUUAGAAAGAAAACUGUUGCUAAGAAGCGCAGAAACUGA